CAAGAGAGAGGAGGGAGAGAUAGCAGGGGAGGAAUGGAGAAAAGGGGGCAGCUGUAAGAACCUGUUACUGCGGCCUUGUCGCGCUGAGCGGACUGUAACUGGGAUGAGUAGCCUGCUGAGCCGGGCUUUGACUUUCUGUUAGCUGAGCUUCAGACGGUCAUGUGAAGACUAAAAAGAAAGAAAAGAGAGAAAUUACACUUCAGUUGCUGCCACUGACAAUCAGCAUCCUAUCACAGUGCUUGAUGGCCGUUACACAGGCUGCGCUCCCUUCCUUCAGCUCCUUCUCCAACCUCGCUCCAUCCAGUGACAAUAUGAAAGUGUGGAAGUCUGAGGCUGACUCUCUCCUUCUGGACUACAAACCAUCACCAAGCAGCUCUGAGCAGCUGCAGGUCUCUCAACAGAUGACAGAGGAGCUCCUGGAUGAUGACAGCCGGGCAUCCUGGGACAUUGAGUUCCUGCUGUCUGAUUGGAGCAGCCCAUCACCCGACCUCAACCCAUCUCUGGACAACAAUGAUCAACGGCUCCCACAGUUAGACCCAAGCACAGCAUACCAAGAGGCGGACCUGUUUAAGGACCAACCCGGACAAGAGCAUGUGCAGAUGAACACUGGUUGCCUCAUGGCGGAGUUCCUGUCCCCAGCUGAAACCACAACGCCAGUCCAGCCAGAGCUGUACCACCAUAGUUAUAAAGACGACCAAACAGGUCGGACUUCAUUUCCCAAUCUACCGAAUGCAGAUCAGUUUGGCUUCCCUCAAGGAGGCAGUUACGAGAGGCAGAGCAGAGGAAACCUCACUAAAGUCUCAUCGUGGGACUUUAACCCUUACUAUCCCCAGCAACACCCCUCCAUGGUGACCUUCCCCGACAGCAGGCUCAUACCGCCUCAAGCUGUGACCCCUGACCCUAGACACUACAGCUACAUGCCACACUUUAACCACAACGCCAACCGUUUCUGUGAAUACCCCCACAGCCAGACCACUAGGCAUCUGCCUCUUCACCAGCAGUCCAUGCUGGUUGUUCCACAGCUGCCCCCUGGUGGGAUGGAGGGGAAGCGUGGUCGAAGGGCGACAGGGAAAAAGAGGGCCGCCAUCCACAGAUGUGAAUACCCGGGCUGCAGCAAGACCUACACCAAGAGCUCACACCUCAAGGCUCACCUCCGCACCCACACAGGGGAAAAGCCUUACCAAUGUUCAUGGGAGGGCUGCAACUGGAAAUUUGCCCGCUCAGAUGAGCUGACGCGUCACUACCGCAAGCACACGGGCCAAAAACCCUACGAGUGUCGGCUGUGUCUGAGGGCCUUCUCCCGCUCCGACCACCUGGCUCUGCACAUGAAGAGACACGCCUGAUGCGCACGCACGCACGCACGCACGCACGCACGCAUACACACACACACACACACACACACACACACACACACACACACAUACACAUACACACACACAUCUGCCAUUUAAACCAAGAAAUCAAAAGGUAGAAUGAUGAUUUGGAUAUUCUUUGAAGUUUGAAUUUACGACUCACAUCAGUACACUGAACAGUUGAAUUUGGGAUUAAGUGACCUUAAGAUAUUCACUGAACAUGUUCCCAGUAUUACCUUGAUAUCUGCACUUGAUGAUCUGUCUUGUUAAGAACAGAGGCCCACAUGUAGACUUGCACCAUGAGAACUGACAACACCACCAGCAAUAGCAUGGCAUCACAAACCACUGUGUACACGCGGCCUAACGGGAGUUGUUUGAUUCGGUUGAGAGUUUUCAGUUUACUUCAGACGACAAAUGAGACAAAUCUAAUUCAGAAGCCUUCCACAUAUUCAAUUCUUUCUUCUUUUAAUACAAUUAUUGAUUCAAGAGUGACCAACCAUCAGGUAAUGACGGCUUAAAGAAAUACUUCACCCACAGAUUGAUUUGUGUGUCACUUCUUCACCCUGCGUUAACUUGAAUUCUUGAAGAAAACAUAGUUUCUCUUGCAUGCCUCACACAACGUGUGCAGUGUAAUGUAGUAUAAGUCGUAUGCUCAGUACAACCCAAAUACAUGCAUUUAGGCUAAAACCAAAAGUGUAAGACUGUUUAUUAAAUAUUUAAAUAGUUGCAAGUGUUUGGGAAGUAGUGAGCAUACGACUUGGAUUACUCUUCACUCAUUAAAUACAUCAAUUCAUCAAGACCUUUCUCCGUUUUUUCAAUUUUUGUUCACCAUGGAAGCAUGCAAGACAAAUAAAGUUUUCGUCAACAGUUCAAGGUAAGACGGUGUGAGUAAUUGAUAUUCUAACGGUCAUUUUGUGGGUGAAGUAUUUCUCUAACCAAUGACUUUUAAAAGAGUCCUCAGCUGAUAGCGAUGAACUCCUAUAACAUUGUGGAACUUAAGAAAAAGUAUCAAAGUCGAUGGAGCAGAACCAGAGAAAUACACUGUACACACUGUGGGCGUGUAGACGGCAAACAUUAACACUAACAGAAGACCUGGCAAACAUGUGUGUAAUACGGGUUAUAACACAAUACACAGUAGUGUGUCCUGGAGCAUCUCAUGGUUCGCUGAACAAAGACUCAGUAACAAUAGCUGCAUAAUGCUGAGAUGAUCUGAUUUCUUUUUCUGAUUUCCCUUCGAACUUUUAUUGAUUGUAAUAUUGAUUGUAACACAAACAAACAAACCAUAAAGUAUAUGUUAAACCAUGUGAUUGUACAGUAAAUCCAACAUUAUGCAUUUUCCUCACCUAACUUUAUGUUUGUCUGUUUGGGGUUUUUUUAGUUAAGAAAAACAUAUUAUCUGCUUUUAUGUCUCGCAUCCGGUAGAAUUUAAAACUGUAAAUAAUCAGCAUCUUUAUCAGUUGUUUGUAUCAUCUAAACAUGCACGCAACAUAUUUAUUAUAAGUAAUAUUUUAUAUCAACAGAAGAUAGGCUACUAUAUUAUUGUACAGUGAUUAUUAUUUUUAUUAAAGGAGUGCUCUAAUGUCAUUUAAUCAUUGUUUGCAUUGCCAUCAUUCUAAUAAAGACCUCUAAUGCUGUAAUGCUCGGAGUGUGACAUGAUUUAUUCAGACAGCUGAUCUUAA